AUGUUCACACCACCACAAGAAUUUAACUUCUUUUUGAGACCACAAAAUUAUGCAAACAAUGUGCAAGAUCAAAUGUCCAUUCGAUCGAACAAAAUUAUUGGAAGUCCUAAAUUACUCUUUGGAGAUUAUGUGCAACCAGAAAUUGUGGCUCCAACUGCUGUGUAUUCUUUCAAUAUUACUCAACCAUCCGUGUACAAUUCACCAAGUGGUGGCACUAUUUCAGUAACGAAUAUUGAUGAAGUUUAUAUCAAUUCAGGACUUGUGAAUUAUACGUUUUAUUUAGUGAAUUCGGUGGCAGAUUUGAAACCUGAAAAUCAAAUUUCAUGCACCCUUGCAACCAUCAACUCAAAGAAUGGAUUUAAUUGUGAUUAUAGUAGUUUUGCGAAUCGACCAAAUGCUCUUUUGAAUGUAUGUGGAUGUUCACCCUAUACCACAGACACUCGUUCCGUUUCCUCUGGAAAUUGUGAAUCAAAUUGUAAUUUGAAAAUCAUGUUUGCCAUUUCCAAGCAAUCCAUGACUUCACCAGCAACCUAUCUCACAAAGAAUGCGCUUUCAAUCCUUCCUCCGUUGAAAAUUCAAUCCAUCAUUCCAGAUUCAGUCCUCCUAGGAAAUAUGAACAGUGUUAAUUUUACAAUUGUGACAAGUUUGGACAGCUUUGCCAUACCAUCACAGUUCCAAACCAUUGAUUACAAGUUUGUUGAAGUGGAUGGAAUCACUGGUGUUGAGUUAUCGAGACAAUAUCAAGGAACGGCAUCUUUUUUGAAUUCUAAACAACUUUCAUUGUCACCUGUAUUUGCAAAUAGUAUUUCCUCAUCAGGAUUUUAUAUUUUAAAGCUUUCAGUGGAUGGACCAUUAGGAACUUUCAGUACUGAUCAUGGUAUUCGAAGAUUGAGUGUCAUGGACGCAACAAGUGUGACAGUUACAAAAUUUGAGGAAUAUACUUUGGUGAAUUCGACUGCAGUUUCUGCAGGUUAUGCUGACGAUACCAUUUCUCCUGCUGCCAAACCAUUUCGAAUUCUCGGUUCGAAUUUUCCCAAAUCAGAAACCAUCAAAAUUAAGCUCACCUUAAUCAGUAAGCCAACUAAUUCAAAAACAAGAAAAGUCAUGGAAAAACUUUCUAGAAACAAUUACAAGUCACAUGUGAGAAAUGCUCGCACUUCCUAUCAAAAGAGAAUGAUUCAAGAACAAUACGCACAAAACAAUGGAAGUAUCUCAUUCCUCGCUGAUUGCACAAGUUUCACAUCCACAGAAAUUCGAUGCCUCUCUCCCAAUAUUUUAUCGUCUGGUGUUUCACUUCCAUUGAGUUUUGGAGUUACCAUAUCAUUUGACGGUUCUUUCACAAGUGCUGUCUAUGUACCCAAGAAGAAUGGUCAAGAUUAUACAGUGACCGUUCGUGAAUCUGAAAUUCCAGUCAUUGUUCAAGCCAUUCCAACAAAGGGACCAAUUAAUCCAACCGAUGAUUCCAAAGGACCUGGUUUUUUAACCGUCACUCUGAAAGGUAUUACCACAGACGUCACGAAAUGCACAAUCGAAUACACAAAAGUCAAAGGAACAAAUGUGUAUGUGAAUUAUACAGUACCUGCAGGAACACUUCUCACGAAUGAGGAAUUCAAAUGUGUCAUCAAUACUGCUGCCUUAAAUGAAACGAUUUAUCAGUACAAUUUGGGAGUGUAUCCAAGUCAACGAAUCAAAUUCCCUGCCAAAGACAGUUUCAAGAUUUUCCUUCACACUUCCACUAAUUUACCAAGUGAUGGAUUUCCAUUUGAAUUUUAUGAACAUCCAGUCAUUCAAUCAGUCUCUCCACUCGAAGUCGAUGCUAAGGGUGAAAAUUACAUGAUCAUUUCUGCAGAUCCAAAUUAUGCUUCGUUCGAUUCUGAAUCUCGAAUUUAUUUCAAACUCGGAGAUUUUACUUCAGAAUUUGAUUGUCAAUUCAAUCAUGCGUAUGAAAUCAAUUGUACCACUCCAUCUCAUCCAGAUGGUCCAGCAACGGUUGCCAUCUCGUAUAACAAUUAUCAAUUUGCAUACUCGACUGUGAGUGUCAAUGUGAAAGCUUGUGCUGCUGGUUACUCUGCACCUGAUUAUAUCAAUACAUGUGAAGCAUGUCCAUUGGGAACUUACAAACCUUUGGAAGGAUUCUUUGCUUGCAUUCAAUGUGAAAUUGGAAGUUACAACAAUCAAACUGCUCAAUCUAAAUGUGUGAACUGUGGUGCCUUUAAAACUACUGUGUCUGUGGGAUCCAGUUCCAUCUUGAAUUGCGAUUGCGAUAAGGGUUAUUAUAGAAGAAAUGGCUCUUCACCUGUGAGUGCCGACUGUUGGGCAUGUCCAGUCGGUGCUACUUGUCCUGGAGGCUCUGCUUUGCCUGUUCCAAUUCCAGGACAAAAUUUAACACUCGAAGGACGAUGUGGAACUGGAUAUACUGGAAUCAAGUGUGUUUCUUGUGUUCCUGGAUUGUAUUUCAAGAGUGGAGAUGUAUGUCAACAAUGUAAUGAGGAUAUUCAAUUGCGUUUCUUGAUUGUCGUGGCAGUGAUUUUGGUGUUGGCUGUAUUGUUUUUCAAAUUUGCACAGUUGAAGGUUUCUCACUUGUCCAGUAUUAGUAUUGCUGUGAGCUAUUUCCAAAUUAUUGCAGUUUUCACAGUUUACAAUUUUGAAUGGCCUCAAAGUUUACAACAAGCCUUUGACACUCUCAAAUUCUUUAACUUGAAUUUGAAUAUUUUUGUUCCAGAAUGUGUAGCAAUCAUCACUUAUGGCUUAAAAUGGGGAUUGACAUUGGCUCUUCCUGUAUUUUUCGGAGCUCUUUUAUUAGUCGCUUUCGGAUUGGAAUGUUUAAGAAGUGCCAUUCUCUCCAAACUUCCUCUCAUUGCACAAAUUCGAAAACAUCCAAAAAUUGCGGCAUGGUACGACAUGACUCACCACAACUUUAUCAUUCGAGUACUAAAAGGAAUGAGAAGAGAUCUCAUUCGAUUAUUCCUCGUUCCUCGAUCGAAACGUGAAUUGGUGAAUUUUGGAGACAUGUUCAUUCACACCUUUAUUGUCAUUAUUAGUUUCAGUUAUGUCUUUGUUGUGACCAAAGCUGCUGAAAUUUUCGAUUGUCGUGAAACAACUGUGAAUGGUGUGAAAAAGUGGUUUGUGAGUGCAGAUCCCACUCUCUAUUGUUUUGAAGAUACUUGGUGGGUCUAUUUCACAUUUGCAUUAUUGACCUUUAUUUUCUUUGGAUUGGGAACCAUUGUAUUAUUUGCUUACAUUUUAUGGAAGAAGAAUGAUGAAAGUAAGAGAUACAAAUUCUAUGCACGAUUUCGUUUUCUAUUCAUACGUUUCAGAAAUGGCAGAUUAUUUUGGGAAAUUAUUAUAAUUUUGAGAAAAUUGAGUAUUUCAGCUGCCAUCAUCUUCUUUUCCACAUGGCCCAUCCUUGUCGUUCUCUUUACCAUGUUUGUCAUUUUCAUGAGUUUUAUUUUACAAACUCAUCAUGUCCCUUAUCGAAGAGUCUUCCACAAUGUGAUGGAAUAUUUAGUGUUAUUAUCGACCGAAUUUCUACUCUUCUCAGGCCUCUUAUUUUACGUGAAUAACUUUCCCAAUGAAGAGACUGCCUCAGCACUCGGUUAUUUGUGUAUCAUUGUAGUGAUUGUAAGCUCGGUGGCCAUUGUCGUGUUGGUUGCGUUGGACUUUUUAUCUCAAUAUCUAUCGGAUCGAAGAAAGAAGAAACAAAUGGAAGAACAACGAAAGAAUCAGAAAGCAGCUCUCACUGUGGGUGGUAAUACCGCAACAACAACAACAGCAGCAACUACAGAAUACAUUGGAACAAGUCUCAUCCAACCAUCUUCACAGGCCAUGGAUUCGAGUGUCUCAAUUACGGUUCAGCAAGAUCCUGCAGCCGCAACCACCAACCAUGGUUCCCAAGAACAACGUUUACCAUUGAAACUUCGAUUGAAGAAUCAAUGCUUGCGUCUGUGGAAACUCUUCACUGAAUACUUGAAGAAGAUUGAGGGUGAGUCCUUAGAUGCCGAUCUCGAAGAAUACGAUCAAGAUCGUUUAUGGGAUGUUGAAUUACUCGAUCGAGGUCUCCCUCUCGUCAUGAAGAAACCACAACGAUAUCAUCCAUCAAAAGAAGAAGAAGAACAAGAUGACACCAAUUCCUCCAAUGCAGUAGGAGCAGGAGCCACUGGUACAGUCCAUGAAAGUUUGUCCCUCAAUGAAAUCAAGUUAUCGAAUGAUGGUCAAGAUCCUACUACACACAAAUAUCCAACAACAACAUCCAUGCAAGGACCAAAGGGAGUCGAUCCAAAAACACUCUCACGACUCGUGUUGGCCCGAUCGAGUUCGGAUGUUUCCUCCUCACACACUGCCUCGAGUAGUGUGAAUAAUAGUCAAACGAAUUUAUUGAGACAUGAUUCGAGUACGAGCUCAUUGAAUGAAAAUGCCAAUCAUUCGAAUACAGAGUAA